AUGACUGAACCCCUCCGCCACCACCACCGCCGCCAAGCGGUACUAGGAAGAAAGAGAGAGACGCAACUAACCGAGAAGGAGACGGAGGAGGUACGUGUCGUAGUAAGGCGCCCGUGCACCACCAGAAGCACCAGCCAUCAGCAUCGACUACGGCAGCAGCAUCAGCAGCAGCAGCAGCAGCAGCAGCAGCAGCAGGAGCAGCAGGAGCAGCAGCAGCAACGGCAGCAACAGCAGCAACGGCAGAAGCCGUGGAAGAAGCAGCAACGUUGGCCAUCGCGUUGUCUGAUCAUCCUCGCCCUAAUGAAGAAAGAAAGAUAGAUGGAGAGAAAGAGAAAGACAGAGAGAGAGAGAGAGAGAAAGAAACC